AUGCCAAGAGAAUUCUUUGAUGUUGAUGUGGUCACAAGUCACACAACGCGAGUAGAUCAUGUCAAAGAACAAAAAGAUAAUACUGGCGAAUCUCUUUGUGAGAAAACCCGUGUGCCUACCAGCAAUGAAGAGGGUCGUGUGCCUAUCGGCAAUGAAGAGACUUUGAAGGAGCUCGGCAUCCCGGUUGAUGAACUCUUCAACAGCCAACUGAUGAUUCAAGGUUUUAAUCAAGGAGGGCAAAGAGUUCUUGGAUCACUAAAUUUGGAGAUAGUCAUUGAUGACAUGUCAUUCAGAGCGUUGUUAUAUGUAAUAGAUGCUAAGACAACAUAUAAUGUACUACUGGGAAGGCCCUGGAUUCAUGAAAAUGGAGUUGUACCAUCAACCCUUCAUCAAUGUUUCAAGUACUGUCAAAAUGGGGUGGCAAGAAGUGUGAAAGCCGAUGAUAAUCCUUUCACUGAGGCGGGAUGUGGGAUUGAGUUGAGGGUCAGGGAGCAUACCGUGGUAUACACAAGACCAAAAGAGGAUGAUGAAGAGAGCAUUGCUUCAUGCAAUCAUAUAACCCUAAUUGACGGUGACUCUCCUGAAGAAGAAGAAGAUGUUGAAGACGCUCCACUUGAAUUGGAAGAAGGUGUUAAGGUCACUGUGGAUGAUCUAAAGGAAAUCAAUCUUGGUACUUCAGAGGACCCGCGUCCAAUAUACAUAAGUGCUUUAUUGAACCUUGACGAAGAGAAGGCAUACAUUGAACGUUUUCGGGAGUAUCAAGAUAUUUUUGCAUGGACUUAUAAGGAAAUGCCGGGUUUAGACCCAAAAGUAGCCGUCCACCAUUUGGUUGUUAAAAAGAGAGUUCGACCUGUGAAGCAAGCACAACGGCGGUUUAGAUCCGAUUUGAUUCCAUUAAUCGAAAUUGAAGUCAAUAAACUUAUUGAAUCCGGAUUUAUUCGUGAAGUUAAAUAUCCCACAUGCAUUUUGAGUAUCGUGCCUGUGCGAAAGAAGAAUGGACAAAUCCGCAUCUGCGUCGAUUUUAGAGAUCUUAACAAUACUUGUCCCAAAGAUGACUUUUCUUUACCAAUCACCGAGCUCCUGAUUGAUGCAACUACUGGGCAUGAAGUUCUGUCAUUUAUGGAUAACUCUUCUGGAUAUAAUCAAAUUCUAUUGGCACCGGAGGAUGAAGAGCUCACUGCAUUUUGUACUCAUAAAGGUAUUUAUUAUUAUAAAGUAAUGUCCUUUGGUCUCAAAAAUGUUGGAUCCACAUAUCAAAGAGCAAUGCAAAGCAUCUUUGACGACAUACUUCAUAAAAAUAUCGAGUGUUAUGUGGAUGAUUUAGUCGUUAAAUCAAAGAAAAGAAGUAAUCACUUGGAGGAUUUGAGAUAA